CCCCCCCCGGCCCCCCCCCCCCCCCCGCAGCGGGGGAACCCGGUGCUGCGCUUCGUGCGCGCCGUCCCCUGGGAGUUCGGCGACGUCGUCCCCGACUACGUGCUGGGCCAGAGCACCUGCGCCCUCUUCCUGAGCCUGCGCUACCACAACCUGCACCCCAACUACAUCCACGAGCGCCUGCGGGGUCUGGGCCGGAGCUACGCCCUGCAGCUGCUGCUGCUGCAGGUCGACGUGAAGGACCCCCACCAGGCCCUGAAGGAGCUGGCCAAGAUGUGCGUCCUGGCCGACUGCACCCUCAUCCUGGCCUGGAGCCCCGAGGAGGCCGGGCGCUACCUGGAGACCUACAAGGCGUACGAGCAGAAGCCCCCCGACCUGCUGAGGGAGCGCGUGGAGCCCGGCUACAUGGCGAGGGUGAGGCUGUGCCACCCCCCCCUCCCGGCCCCGGGGUGUCCCCUGGGGGUCCCCAGCCAGGCUGCGGG